AGACAGAUGAGUUUAUAUUCGAUUAAAUUAGACCGCAAAUGUCGUUUGAGGUUUUCGGAGAGAAAUUGGCGCCCCCUGUCGGCAGAUAUUUAAAAAAAAUUAGGAAAUUACAAUUUAUUUUGCUUCUAGGGAUGUUUUUCUUUCAGAUGAGCUCGUUUUCCAGUUUAUGCGUUUGCGUGCUUUUAAAUAUAUGGCUUUUGUGUGAUUUAGAUUUGUGAAUCUGAUGAAAAUAAAAGACCAUUUAGAAUUCUGACAUUAUGACAGUCGUUUAUUGAGAUUUUCAGCUCAACCUCAGAUAUUAUACUGAUCAAUCACAGCUGACAGCUCGGGGAAAAUAAAUGCUGUUUUGUGUGUUUUGGACAGAAAUUGAAGCAGUCAUCAUGUGUAAAUGUGUCUGAAUGAGGGAAGUGAGAUGAGGUUCUUCCCAAAUAACUGUAAAUCAUCUCUAGUGCUGUUGCAUACUAACAUACUACUCUUUUCUGUUCCUGCAGUGGCUAGUGUGUACUGUGCCCAGUAAGCAAAUGUUGUGUAUGUGAAGCUACCCGGAUGACAUUUUCUUAAGUGUGCAGUGUAUAACAGAGCUCACUGCAUGAAACUCUUCCUCCGUUUAAUUUCAAGUGUGAUAAAUUCACGGCAAGUAAAUACAGCUGGAUUAUUUCAGCCGAACGCCAACUGUUCACACAUUUUCUCCCAAUGAGAAAGAACUAUUACAGAAAUCAUAACAACUGGAUUUUACAUACGUGAAGUGGGAUGAGGUGAUAUAGUCUGCUAUGCAUUAAUUUUUUUUAGCACAUACACUAGUGCUUUACCUCGCAUAUAAAAUCUGACAGUGUUUGUUAUUCAAUAAGUAGAUAAAAGGGACUGAGAAUAUUUUGUGAUGAAAGAAAAGAUAAAAGCAGAGUGAUCUCAUCUGUUUACCUUCAGUCUUGUUUAGCUCCUCUGGGCAGGCGGAGGUGCAUCAGCACAGAGACGAUGACCGCUUUUGCAAUUUUUAUGCUGACCUUUACAUUUAUCUGAAUUUCAGUGGCCGAAAAUUUGACGACAGCUCUUUUUAAUCUGAUCAAGUCCAGCGAGGUCUGGAAAAUCAAUUCGGUGCUGUGAAUAAAUGUUUAUGUAUGGUUGUGUAAACGCCUGAGAGCAAGAAUUAUAUUCGCUAUAGAUGCUUUGACAUUAAUUAUUAGAAAUUGCCAAUCGCAGUCAUUUACUUCUUGUGUAAUUGUGUUUGAAAACCGUGUUUCUCAUGCCCUACACACAGUGUUUCAUUAGCAAUGAUAUCAUCAGCACAGCAAAUUGAAUGGAAAGGUCAAUUGAAGCGUUUACGAAUUUCAGAGUGUUUUCUGUAUUUUGCUGUGAUGACAGGAGCACUCGAGUAGAGUUAGCAUGAACCUGAUGACCCGUGCUAUCCCAGCAUGCUUUGAGAAAAUAAAGCAUUUGGUGCGCUUCAGUGGAGGCAAGAAAAUCUGACCUUUCAGAAUAGAAGUGAUCGCUGACCGCUUCAUUAGUGACUUAAAAAAUGCUGCAGAAUCUUAAAUAUGAAGUGUUUUUUUAUAUCUUAAAACAGAAAAGCUGUUCUCUUCAUGAUGAGCAUCACUGAGAUUUUGUCAAAGCAGUAGCUCAAAUAUGUUUUUGAUGUUGGCAGUUUCACAUUUAGAUCUUUUUCUCGGUCAGGGCUGUUCUGUCCAAACACAACCCCCUCAGUGUUCCUGUCUAUAAUCCAAAAGUAGAAUUUUCAUGGAAAUUUUCAAAAGCUCACCUUUUGUGUAAUAAAUUUGGGGAUUUUCCAUGCGAGGGGUCCGGAUCGGGACGGACUCUUGUUCGGCUGUUUUUAGAGAAGGAUUCGGGGAGGGAGAGAAGAUUUGAAGACAGCGGUUGAGCUCUGCACCGGGAGUUGAUUUUGCUCUUGCCGAGCAGUCAUGAGCUGUCAGGAGGUGCCCAACCCGAGUCAGGAGCCGAAGGAUGCGCCCGUGGCGUCCACAGAGGCGGGAGCCACACAAGCUGUGCCAACGACCUCCCCAAAACCUCAGACGGUGACGGUGAAGACUGAGGUGGUGUCUCCCGGUGAGUCCCUGGCCAGUAAUGGCAAAGCCAGUGACGGAAACCUGCCUGCUGAAAUCUGUGUGGUUUUAGGAAGCUCGCGCAACUCGCAAACUCAAGGUUCUUAUAUUUGUGGAGUCUGUGGAAAGAAGUACAAAUACUACAACUGCUUUCAGACGCAUGUACGAGCUCACUCAGAGACGGAGGGGACGGCGUCAGGCGAGGGAGUGCCAAUAGGGAUCAAUAGUUCUUUUCGCUAUACGUGUGAUGUAUGUGGGAAAAAAUACAAGUACUACAGCUGUUUUCAAGAGCACAGAGACCUCCACGCUGUUGAUGAUCCAUACGAUCAUGUCAUCCCCGUGGAAGAUCUUAAAGAGGAGACGGAAACUUUCCAGAAAAUGGGACCAAAAACGGGAAGUUAUACAUGCGAGUAUUGUGGAAAACAGUACAAGUACUUCAACCCGUAUCAGGAACACGUGGCUCUUCACGCUCCCAUGAAGGGAACUUUUGGCCUUAAACUGGAAGGGAAGUUAUCUGGACAGUCCGGCCAAUCUAGUCGUGCAGACAUCAACAAUUCUCAGAACUCUAGUGAUACUCCAACCAGCCGGGUGUACAGCUCACUAUCCAGCCCUCAGAAAACCUACACGUGUGGAGCCUGUGGAAUUCAGUUCCAGUUCUACAACAACCUUCUGGAGCACAUGCAGUCCCACGCCGCAGACAAUGAGAACCAUGUCAAAGAAGAUUCUCCUAAACCCUGCCAGACAUCCACAGUCACACAAGAGCAGAUGUGGAAAUCUCCUCCGCCGGCACAGCCCAGAAACCACGUCCCCUCAUUCCCAGAAACCAGAUUAAUCCCAGAAAAAGAGAGGCAACAGGUGGCAGAGCGCUUGCUUAGAGUCAUGUGCGUGGACCUCGGACUGCUUGGUGUUCUCAGCAGUAAAGACUUCCUCAAACUGGCUCAGACCCUGGUGGACACCGGAUCCCGCAACGGCGCCUACUCCAUCCGCGAAGCCCUGGGAGACAUGAGCUCGCUGGCUCUAAAGCAGCUUCCCCGUAUGUACAAUCAGGUCAAAGUGAAAGUCACCUGUGCCCUGGGCUCCAACUCUUCGCUGGGCAUCGCUGUAACCUGUCAUUCGCAGACCGUAGGACCCGACUGUUGCUAUCUGCUAACGGCGUAUCAAGUGGAGGGUGUGCGACUGCGGCGCUACGUGCUGGGACUGAAAGAGGCCUCUCUGAGGGAGGGUCCCGAGCAGAUACACCACUGGGUCCAGAACGUUCUGUCCGAGUUCGUCAUGUCGGAAAUUCGCACAGUCUACGUUACGGAGCCGCGCCUGUCUUCGCUAGCCUUCUGCAGUCGCAGCGGAGUGAGCCUCCGGUGCACGGGUUGCUCUCUGACGGUCACGGUUCAGGCCGUUCUUGGCCGCCGAAGCCUGCAAGCGCGAGGGCUCCACGAACUAGGUGAGCUGCUGGCUACGUGCCGCGACAUCGCCGCGACUACCAGCUUUACCCGCGAGGGGAAACCCGCAGAGGAAGCGUCUGCUCCGCCCUGCUGGGAUCCGGUCGCAGAGGCCCUGCUCAAGGUUCACGAAAACUUUGAGGCCACCUGCGAAGCGUAUGGCCGGUCCAAGAGCACGGUGCUGCUCCUGCAGGGCCUCAACAAGCACCUCCUCGGCACGCUCGCGUGUCUGCUCGCGCCGCUACGACAGGCGGCUCUAGAGCUCAGUGCGGAACGCUGCCCCACGCUGCAGCUCGUACUUCCCGUCUACCUCCGUCUAGAAAAACUUUUCACCUCGAAAGCCGGCGAAGCCGGCGCCGGCAGUAAGCUGUGUCACUACUUCCUUGAGGCCCUGAAGGAGAACUUCAAAGUGGAGCGUGUCCAUCAAGUGGCUAUGAUUCUGGACCCUCAACUGAAGCUUCGGUCGGUCCCGGCGUAUCAGCACGAGGACAUCAUCUCGCGGGUGUGCGACAUGGCCGCCAAUAUGAGGGAAGCAGGAGGCGGCGGAUCUGGAGGGGCGGCCGUGGACGAACGGGACUCCGACGGACCUUCGGCGCCUAAGCGCGGACGCGUGGACUGCGGGUUGGAGAGGCCGUCGUGCAGCCCCGAAGAGCCUCAGGUACGAAAAGAGCUUUUCCAGUACCUCGGCGAACCACUGUUCAAUGGCACGGGUGACCUGCUGCAGUACUGGAGUUCGGUCAUGGACCGGUACCCGAGGCUGUCGAAGCUGGCGCUGUGGCUGCUGGCCGUACCGGCUGUGGCCGUGCACGGAGAAUGCAUGAACAUCUGCGAGCAGACCUUAGCCAUGAAGAGGAAGCAGCAGGUCAGCGCGGAGGAGAUGAACAAACUGGUCUUCCUCAAGAGUAACUUUGCUUGAGGCGACUCAGGGCUUUCCGUUAUUGGCACCAUAGACUGUUUGAAAUGAAAUCCGGUUCCGUUUUAAACCGGACGGUCAUUCAUCCCUUCCAAAAAUCCUACCGAUGGGUCACACGAUAGACGUUCACGAAGAAAGACACGGUGACAAUUGAUCGACAAAUGUCUAGCUUGGCAUGGUGACACCAUGAAAAAUCUCUCUGCUCCCACAGAUGCAGACCUGUGGUGUUAACGUGUCCACGUACAUGAAAGAAAGCCAAUAGUUUGCUGUUCGUCCAUCCCUCAUAAAUUGCAGUCAUUGAAUUGUUUAUCAAUGAAAACUUCAUUAAGCCAAGGUAAAAAUGGGGCACAUCGAAAAAGCCAUUUUUUUCGUUCGGUUUUGCAACUACGCCUUUACGAAAAUCACAAAAACAGUGCUUGUUGUGACAGCUGGAAUACCUCUCGUCAGCGGUUUAGCAGCGGGCAGACUGUAUGUGAGCCCCUUGCGCCCUGAUCCACUGAUCUCAGUUAACCUCUUUCAUUGUGGUGAACCUUCAGAAGAACUCUGCUUUCCAAUAAUUUAUUAUACAGUACGUUUCUUUCGUCUUCACAAUAGCGUUGCAAUAACGUGUUGCGUAGCACAGGUUACACUUUCAAGAAAAAACACCUCACACCUUUUGUAGCAGCCCGUGUUUUACAUUUCAGCUCCUUCUGCAAUACCUAUCAGCUACUGGUUUUGAUCUUCAUUAAUAUUGGCUUUGAGAAGUGUACUGAUUUCUGAAGGUGUGCGGAGUUCGGGUCAUGUUGAUAUGAAAAUGAUCUCAUGUCUCUCUUUCUGAAAAAGUGGCAAUAGGCUCUGAAGUGUUGAAGUGGUCUCUCACUGUACAAACCUCGGUGAACAGAGGAAGCUUACUGCAGAGUUGAACUUUGAGAAUCUACUAUUUCAUUAUUUAUGCACUGGAUUUCUCUUAUCAGUAUUUUCCUCAUUUAUCAGCAGCUGUUUGUUCCAUUAGAGUUUAGGACCAAAGUGUCUUGUGAAUAAUCGGCAGAUUUGUAAAGUUAUUACACGCUAUUCCUGCUUCUUCAUGAAUGUUUGGGCCACGUGUGUUCCCUCCGCCCUCAAACAACGGACAUUUCCCAUCUUCUCCUCCGCUAUCCAAGAAGUGAUCUAUUUUCCAGUAGUUUUUCUGAGGAAAGAUGUGAUUAGUAUUAUAUAGUUUGUCUUGUAAUGCCUUGAACAUCGUUGUGUGAUUAUACCGAUAUGCAUGCAGACAAUAUAAGAGUUUAUAUCUUUACUGAAGCGAGAUGCUGACAGGAAUCUACGGAAGAAACUGCUGAAGAACUCGACGCAGAAGCUGUCUUGAGGACGCAUGAGGUCGGAUGUGCUUUCUCACAGCCGGGAAAAUAAUAAAACCGAUGACGACGAUCCCGGUUAGCAUGUGCAGAAAUGUUCGUAUGUAAAAAAAGGCGUUGCUAAAUCAGGCUCAGAGACAGCUACUGUUGAAUAUUGUUGUAUUUCUUUCAAACCACAAGAGGGCAGAAGUAUCUCAGAAAUCUCCAAACAUCUUACCUCUGUUUUCUAUUCAGGCAUUUCAGAUAUUUUGAUAAACUCAGUCUAUGAAUAUGACAGACUUCACGAAGGCUUUGACUUUAUUUUCCUUUCCUGGACGAACGCGCAUUUGUCUUUCGCAGAACGCAAAUGCAGCAGUUUGUGUCGACAAAUACUAAUCUGAAAGUAUAAAACACUGUUUCAAUCGCAAUUAUUUAUGGAUACAACACGGUUGUUAAUAUUCCUCCUUCUGUUCGGUUGAGAUGGGUUUUUUUCUUCCUGUUUCCGUCUUGUCUGUGUUUGUCUUUGACAGGCAUUUUUCUGAUUUUGUGUAUUGAGUUGUUUCAGCUGUAGGUCUAAUUUAUACUUUUUUAACGACACUAUUUUUAUAAACAUAUGACUGAUGAUAGAGUUUUCUCUGCUUAUCAACUGUCAGUAGGACACUGCGCUCUUCUGAGAAUCUAUUUACUCCUGUAGUAUGUGCUGUGAGAAUAAAGAUCUUCAAACAUGA